GGAGUGAAGAAGAGUCAUGUCUGGAAGAGGCAAAGGAGGCAAAGGGCUGGGAAAAGGCGGAGCGAAGCGGCACCGCAAAGUGCUGCGUGAUAACAUCCAGGGCAUCACGAAACCAGCCAUCCGGCGCCUGGCUCGCCGUGGCGGGGUCAAGCGCAUCUCGGGCUUGAUCUACGAGGAGACUCGUGGGGUGCUGAAGGUUUUCCUGGAGAAUGUGAUCAGGGAUGCGGUCACCUACACUGAGCACGCCAAGCGCAAGACGGUCACCGCCAUGGAUGUGGUGUACGCUCUGAAACGCCAGGGCCGCACUCUCUAUGGAUUCGGCGGCUGAACAUAAAGCGACCAUUUUCCAGCGAACCCAAAGGCUCUUUUCAGAGCCACCCAAACCCUCUGAUAGAGAGAGCGGAGACCUGAGGGUGGGGAAGGCAGUACACAUUGAGGGGAUUGUUACUGUAGCCGGUUAUUUCGCGUUUAUCGCGACUUUAUUUCGGUUCCAAAAAUGUAUUAAUACCGUGUUCUGCGGUACGGCAGAGAGUAUUCGGAGUGGACGGUUCACUUUGUUACUGUUUACCGUGGCGAAUGAUUUUAACAUUGCAAGUAUUCCUACAGUGUGGAUAAGAGGCUGUUCGGCCAAUCGAUACUCUACUAUUGUGCAACCUGAUUAUUGCAUGUAAAGAAUCGCAUUGUAACUUGUGAUUGUAAAAUAUAGCAGCAGCAUUAGGCCAUUCUGCCCAUCCAACUUGUUUUGCCAUUCGAACAUGGCUGAUCGCUCUCAAACUUCCCGUAUCCUUCAAUCCUCUUUUUUUCGGGACUACAUGUCCAUCUCAGUAAUGAUAUCAAUGUGUACUUGGCUGUCCAUGCCAUGAGUAAUAAUUUUAUUUUAUUUACUGUGGAAUCCAGACAUUAGUGUUACAUAUUACAGUAUUUAUAUUUCCCAGGCAUAACACUCUGGGAGCCUGCGGUUGUGUUAUGUGGCGCAUUUUUUUUCCAUCUGCUCUUCAGGCAGAGAUUACAAAUUGCCUUCGGGAAAGUAAUAAUCUGGAUGAAAUAAA